UGUGAAUGAAUGUAAAUAUAGUUGCCUAUAUUGUUAACAGUAAAAUUAACGAAUUUCGGUCAGGCAAUCGAGUGAUUUUCGGCGAUGCUCGGCACGGCAUGUUUAUUUGCAUCUCCGCAUCAAAACCGGCUUUAAAUAUAUCGUAAAAUAUAUGGUGAUUCGUAACGCUAAUGGCAGUCAUCAAUUAUGAAGCUGUAUCUAAGCAAUAUAUAAUCUGAUAAUACUAAAACACCACCUACUUCUCAAAUUUCUUCAGCGUUGAAACCGUCAUCAGAAAGUCUCAGUUCCACCAUGACGUUACGUUAUUUAAGAUGUGUCCUCUUCAAGAAAAUCUACUAUCUGUACUUGUUCAUUGCCUUUGUGCUGUUCUAUAUUUAUCUUCGUAAGGACAGUGUAGUUGACAUCCUGGAUAGACAGUCUAUACUACUGCAAAUAGAUGAGACCAUUAAGAAACAUGCAAACACUGGGGCAUGCAAGCAACCCAAUCUUCCAAUCUAUUCAGCAGAGAUGAUGAAAUUUGUUAAACAUGUUCCUCCAAUCGACUGUUCACAAGCUGGCCCUGAUUGGGUAACAUGUGAAGGUUCAGAGUGUAGAAUUUCACCUGAUAUAAUAAUACAGAAAGGUCCAAUCAAAUGCUCUUUCACUGAUAUCAUUCGCAAAGAUGAUUUUAAUUUUGUUGAUGGGGAAACUACCACAUCAGAUUCCUACUACAAGUUGGAAAGUAGUGAUACUGUGAGAGUGCAUUGUGUGUCUUUGGAGGAAAAAUGGGAUUCAAUUCUAACUGGAAUUCGCGUGGACAAAGCCAUUUGGAGCAGGAGUGGAUGGGAGCAUGUGCCAGAGGAUGGCAUGAAACUGAAUGUUCUCAUGUUUGGCUUUGACUCGAUGUCGAGGAAUUCGGUGAUCAGGAAGUUGCCGGAAACUCAUAAAUAUUUGAAGACCAAAAUGAACGCGCACAUUUUGGAAGGAUAUAAUAUUAUUGGCGAUGGAACUCCGCAAGCUUUAACGCCAAUGCUAACUGGUAAAACAGAACUAGAAUUGCCAGAGACGAGGAAACGAGUGAAAGAUGCGAAUUACGUGAACGUGUACCCGUUCAUAUGGGACGAUUUCAAGAAGAACGGUUACGUUACUGGGUAUUUGGAAGAUUGUCCAACGAUCGGUACCUACACAUACAGGUUGAAGGGCUUCAAUGAAAUGCCGACCGAUCAUUACAUGCGUACGUAUUACAUGUCGACGCUGAAGAUGAUUCCCAAGUGGCCAAACUUGUGCGCUGGAAGCAUACCCAGACACAAAGUGAUGAUGAACCACGCGAAAGAUUUUUUCCACGUGUACAAGAAUAAACCGAAAUUCUUAUUCGGUUUCCAUGGAGAAAUAUCUCACGAUAAUUACAACACGAUCGGCGUGGCCGAUGAAGACGUUUUGGAAUUUGUGAGGGAUAUGCACACCUCGGGAGCAUUGAACGAUACCAUUUUUAUUUUUAUGGCGGACCAUGGACACAGAUUCGCCGAUAUCAGGAACACUGUGCAAGGGAAGAUGGAAGAGCGUCUUCCCUAUUUCUCGUUCGCAUUCCCAACUUGGUUUAAGCAAAAGUACUCUGACGCUUACGACAACUUCGUGAACAAUGUUCAAACUUUGGUGACUCCUUUCGAUAUUUAUUCCACGCUGCAAAGCGUCUUGCAUUUGACGGAUACAGGAGUUGCUGAUUUAAGCAAGAGAUCUGUUUCCCUCUUCACAAAUAUUCCAAAGGAGCGAAGCUGCGCUCAAGCUUACAUCGAGCCUCACUGGUGCGCUUGCUUGGAAUGGAACUCCAUCUCGCUGAGCUCACCGAUAAUCCAAAGGCUCGGAGAUGAGUUUGUGAAGAUCCUGAACGAUUACACCGAAUCUCAGAGAACGAAGUGCGCCAUUCUCCGGAUAUCCGCUAUAUAUUGGGUGAGCCAAUUGACGCCCAACGAGAAUCUCUUGAAAUACAAGAAGAAUCACGAUUACGAUGGGUUCGUGCCGGAUCUGACAGGUAAAACCGAUGUCAGCGUGAACAUCUAUCAGAUGAAAGUGAUGUUGAGUCCUGGCGACUCGCUUUUCGAAGUUACAAUCAGUCAUCAUCUGAACGAGGAUCAAAUGGAAAUUAAGAUGAGUGAUAUUAGUCGUAUUAAUUUAUAUGGUAGGCAAGCUAGGUGUAUAGAAAACAGUUUGCAUCAUCUCAGAAAGUAUUGUUAUUGCAUUACUGAUUAGGUUGCGACAAAGAAAUUCGAAGUCUAGUCAUUGUAGAAUUAUUGAUGCGCAGCAUAUCGGAAGACUUGUGAAUUUGUAAUUACAUUUAAUGUUAAGCAGAGUAUUAAUAUGUAGUUGAAAUAAGAUAUAAAUAUAUAUUUCUUUAUAUUAUAA